AGUACCCGAAAUAGUCGUCCUAAUAAGACCGCUCAUUCAUGCACGUUUUGCUUCUUGUGGACACACACACUUACACAGACACGUCUUGCUUUUGAUUUUGAUUCAUUUGAAGGCACCGGGACGCGACGUUUGUCAGAUUCCGGCGCCGUCAAGUCUCCGGCGAUCCGUACACAUAUUUCUGGUCUCAGGACCACUGCCAUAUCAUGCUUGAGCUGUGAACUUCAAACUGGUUAAGAUGGCCUCCUUGCAUAACCAUGCUGCUGAGAGCAUACAUGCGAUAUCCAGUAUUUUGGGGCAUGAAAAAUGUGAAGACUACUUGCUCUUUCGUGGUGAAACUUCCCUUGGAGAUGGGUUGCGCACCUUCUUAUAUUUUCUUGGUCUUGCUUAUUGUUUCAUUGGAUUGUCUGCUAUAACUGCUCGGUUCUUCCGCUCUAUGGAAAAUGUUGUCAAGCAGACUCGGGCUGUAGUGGAGGUAGAUCCAUUUACAAAAGAUGAAAUUGUUAGACAUGAAAAAGUGUGGAACUACACAAUUGCAGACAUCACUCUGCUGGCAUUUGGGACAAGCUUUCCCCAGAUCUCUUUAGCUACUAUUGACGCCAUAAGAAACCUUGGGAACUUGUAUGCUGGAGGUUUGGGUCCUGGAACGCUUGUUGGUUCUGCUGCAUUCGACCUAUUCCCCAUACAUGCUGUUUGUGUUGUGGUUCCAAAAGCUGGAGAACUGAAAAAGAUAUCGGAUAUAGGAGUUUGGCUAGUAGAGCUCUUUUGGUCUUUUUGGGCUUAUAUUUGGCUAUAUAUAAUUUUAAUGGUAUGGACUCCAAAUAUUAUUACCCUGAGGGAGGCCCUAUUGACAGUGCUGCAGUAUGGGUUAUUGCUGAUACAUGCUUACGCUCAGGACAAGCGUUGGCCCUAUUUGUCUUUUCCUUUGGUAAGAGCUGAGCGGCCAGUGGAAUGGGUGCCUGAAGAGGCUGCUUCACUUAAACGUGACAGCAGUGUCUAUGAUGAGUACUCUGAAUUGAUUCAAGUUGAUGCAGAUGUAGCUGGAUCCUCCAAUGAAAAUGAUAAGAAGAAGAUCUUUUCUGAUGAAUCUCAUGUUCUCACAAUUUGGAAGCAGCAAUUUGUGGAUGCACUCAUGUUGGAAAGCACAGAAUUGAGAAAAUUGAACAAUGUUUACUUGCGGCUUGCAAGAUUUUCCUGGCAGUCACUCCUUGCACCAUGGAGACUUCUGUUCGCUUUUGUGCCUCCUUAUCAAAUUGCUCAUGGGUGGAUUUCCUUUAUUUGCUCUCUGAUUUUCAUCAGUGGGAUAGCUUACAUUGUGACACAGCUCACAGAUAUGAUAAGCUGCGUGACAGGAAUUAAUGCUUAUGUCAUAGCAUUCACUGCAUUGGCAAGUGGGACCUCAUGGCCGGAUUUAGUAGCAAGCAAGAUUGCUGCUGAACGCCAGACAACAGCGGACUCUGCCAUUGCAAACAUCACUUGCAGCAACUCGGUUAACAUUUAUGUGGGCAUCGGCGUUCCAUGGCUCAUUGAUACAACAUACAACUUCAUAGCAUACAGGGAACCGUUGUGGAUCCAGAAUGCUGAAGGACUCGGUUUUUCUUUGCUUGUUUUCUUCUGUACUUCUGUAGGCUGUAUUACUGUUCUGGUAUUCAGGCGUCUAACAUUGGGUGCUGAGCUUGGAGGGCCAAGGUUUUGGGCCUGGGUUACUUGUGUAUACUUCAUGUUGCUUUGGAUUAUUUUUGUUGUAUUGUCAUCUCUCAGAGUUUCUGGCAUCAUUUGAGAGUUCUUAUUCUUCUUUAUAUUUGCUGUGUACAAUAAUAUAUUUCACAUUCAUUGUGUACCCUUGUAUCGUAAAAUUGUGUUGUGCACUUCAA